AUGUAUACAUUCAAUUUAGUAUCGUUUGAUUCAACAUUGAACAAUAAAAGCAAUAGUGGGAUUGAUCUACCGAGUAAAUUGAAUACCGAACGAUGUUCAAUCAAAGAAUUAAAAGCACAAAUUACCGAAAUACUUUCAUUAGCAGAGCAAUCAUUUGAUGUCUAUUGUCAAGGUGUGCAAUUGGUUGGAGAUGAUAAAAAUCUCGAUGAUUAUGAAAUUGAACAAGAUGAUAAUCUUGUCAUCGUACCGAAAACUCAAUUACCAAAUGAAUCAGCCAUGGAAACAUCCGCUGGAUUACCAGGCAAGAGUGAAUUACAUCAAAGUGCAAAAACGAUUGAAAUAUCUGCAACACCCAAUGAAUUCCAUCGUUUGUAUUGGUUAAUGAGAACACCGGAUUUCUGGAGAAAAAUCACUCAAGCAUUGCCUGAACUCUUAUUCGAUUCGAGUGCCUUAGGUCUAUGUGAAGAUUCCGUUCUUUUCUGCUUGAAUCACGAUAUAAAAUAUCUAACAGAAAUUGUACAAACAAACCCAUUAUUAUACAAAGUCAUUGCUCAAGUCAUCAAAGAAUGGACAUCUACUAGUAAUACAACUAAUGCAAAUGAUAUUCAAUUAUCACCGGCUGCUUAUUUUUUGAAUGGCAGUCCACAUUUGAUCGAGCCAGCUGCACCACGUCAACCAGCGUUCAAUGUUAUGCCUCGGCGUAUAACUAACGAAGAUUUUUAUCGUGCACUUGAACAAACAAAUCGAUCAUCGACAACGGCGCGUCCAUCGAAUCUGCCAUCUCAACCGACACAGAGACCGGCAGUCAAUCGUCGAAAUAUCAUCAGUAUAGAUCAAUUACGAAGUGCUUUGCAACGAACUUCGACUCCAUCGACACCAGUCACCACCGCGGAAACUACGACAAAUGAACCGGCUAAUGUACAAGCACUUCUCGAUCAAAUGAGGAUCAUGGGCUUAACUGAUGAAGCAGCUAAUCGACAGGCACUCGAAGCAACUAAUUGGGACCUAAAAGCUGCUCUUGAUUUGUUACUUGGAUAA